GGCGCUGCGGCGGGACCCUUAGUGAAAUAAAUUCGGGAAGUGUAGCUCGAUACGGAGGCUGCGUAGUGAACGAGUGUGCAAGAGCGAGCGACAGCGACGAAGGCCGAGGCGCGCGGCGGCAGUGGCGAGAGCGCCGCGCGUCUCGUCGGACGGUGGCGGCGCCGCGACCGCACCUCGCGCCCGCGGGCACGUGCCGGCGCGAUGGGCACGACCCCGCCGCCCGCGGGCACUAAACAACACAAGAGCAGGCGAAAGAUAUCAUUGCCAUGGUUCCGACAGAGCUCGAUCAGUGCACCGCAUGCGGCUCUAUCGCGUCAGCAUACCAUCGACACGCCAGGCUCAUUCCACGCACGACUGCUAAAGACCAACCGCCAACGUCAGCAAGCGGAGAUGACAUGGGUGGUAGCGGAGCACACGGCCGGCGGUGCGGGAGAGUUGUCAGUGGCCAAGGGACAGCAAGUUGAGGUGGUAGAACCUUGGGCCGCACGCGCCGACUGGUGGAUAGUACGUGCGCCCGGGGAAACCUCUCAGGAGGGUGCUGUACCGGCGCACGUACUAAAACCGCAGCCUCAACCUAAAACGUCGCCUUCACGACGCCCUUUGAGUCAGCCCUGCGACGAAGGUCUAGAUGCAUCCAACUCUGAUCCUGGCGCGAGCGUCAGCGCUGCCAGCCCGGGCAAACAGCGACGAGGCUUUAGUGGGAGACGAUGGUUAGGUCUCCGAAAGCCGUCGCAGGGCAAGGAGAAGGCGCCUAGCGGUGCACAAUCGCCUGCUACGGCGGACAAACCUGCACCGCUCAUGAAGAAACCUUCCGAUAGGAAACUGAUUAAGUUGCCGUAUGCCGGUGAUGGCGGGCGUAACGAGGACGGUGCGGCAAGUUCGGGCGAAUGCAGUAACAGCACCGCCCUCGAUGAGGUUGAAGAUGAUGCUGCUGAUGUGGAACUACCGCCACCCAUGAAACCCAUACAGGAUCCCCAGGCGGUUUUGCAAGCCCCAGUCCAGCCGGCCACAACGUCGAUUCCGUCACGGGCCUCAUUAUCUCUUGAAGCGUUGGAUAGUAAUGGUGGUCCUGCUGAUAUCGCUGAAAUAGAACAGAUCGUUAUGGAGAAAAUGCAUUUACACAACAAUCAAGAACAACACGGGUCAGGGCAGAGCGCGGGGUCGGGAUGCGGGCGUGAGGAGGAGCCCGGCACUCCGCCCCCCGCCGCCGACUCGGUAGAGGCUAUUCUCAAGAAGCGCGAGUAUGUGUUACGUGAACUUGUUGACACUGAGAACAUCUAUGUUGAAGACCUGCGUCUCGUAUGCGAAGGCUACAUACGCCAUUUUCAGAACGCAAAUCCCGAUCCUCCGAUUCCGGAGGGGUUACGUGACCGCCGUCACCGCAUGAUAUUCGGCAACAUUGAAGCCAUCUACGAAUGGCAUCGAGAUAAGUUCCUGCGCGACCUACGCAAUUGCGUGGAGGCGCCUGAGCUCCUGGGCCCAUUGUUUCAUCGUUUCCUGGAGAAGAGGAUGUUCCUCUAUGAGGCGUACUGUCGCAACAAGCCCGUGUCCGAGUACAUAGUAUCGGAGCACGACCACUACUUCCAGGAACUGCGUCAUAAGCUCGGACAAAAGUUACAGCUCGGUGAUUUGCUUAUAAAGCCAAUACAAAGGAUCCAAAAGUACCACUUGUUGGUGAAGAAGAUUCUCUCAUAUUCGGAAUUAGCCAAGGCGCCCCCAGAGGUGAUCGAUGCGCUUCGCGACGCGAUGCACUACACUGACAUCAUACCAAAAAAUGCUAAUAUGAUGAUGGACGUCGGCCGCUUACAAGGAUUUACGGGCAACAUCACGGCGCAGGGCAAGCUGCUGAUGCAGGAAACGCUGGUGGUUUCUGAGACUACGAGUGGCAAUGAUAAAGGCAAAGAACUGCACGUGUUCCUAUUCGAACAAUGUGUCAUCUUUAGCGAGGCAGUUGGCAAAAAAAGCCAGUUCACCAGCCCCACCUAUAACUACAAGGCGCACAUCCAGAUGAACAAAAUGGAGUUUGAAGAAGUAGAAGGCAAGGAUGCCUUCAUUAUCCAUUCAGUGGAUCCCAACAAGCCGCGGCAGUCAUUCCUAUGCAGGGCGGCGGAUCCGCGUCGUAAAGAGGAGUGGGUGGCAACACUCGCAAGCAUUCUGCAAUCGCAGCGGAUGUUCGGCGAAGCUCUAGAGAAUCCCGGGGCAUAUCUGCGUGAACUCCACGGACACUCUUCUAUGGGUGAGGGUUGGUGCGGGCUGCGCAAAACCGAAAGCGUGCCUCCGUCAUUGGGCGCGCGCCUCGCUCCUGAGUUGCGGCGAACGCAACGACCGCACGCAAAGGCGAACACAAUCAAUCUACCGACCACAACCAUCAGAUCAGACGACAGAAAGAAACCUAAUGCGGCAGUGAGCCCCACCUCCCCGCCGAACGCGAACGGCUUGUCGAAGCGGCCGUGGGGGUUGAAGCUGAGGCGCGGGGGCAGCGGUGGCGGUGCCGGUGGGGGCGAGCCUAGCGCCGAGGGCGUGGUCACCGAGCUGAGGCCGCCGGAGUUAUCCGACCCUGCUACUGACGUCACCGUCGCACCAGGUGCUUCCGCUACGCUCUCUUGUCGCGCUAUUGCAGUGCGGGCCUCCUGCGCCUGGCGCAAGACCGCCCCUGAAACCCGCGCGCUACGUCACGGUGGAAGAUUUGCUAUCUCUCUCACACCAGAUGGACUCGCCUCUCUCACAAUACACGCGUGCCGCGCCUCCGAUGCGGGCGUAUACUGCUGUCUCAUUACCAAUGAAUUAGGCGGCGUGCAAACAUCUGCGAGAUUGACCGUAGGGGCUGGUGGGACACCUGGUGUUCCCGCUGUUCGUGCGCACCCGGGCGGUGGUUUAGUCGUUCAAUGGGAUGAGUCAACGCCUGCACAUCUCGAAUAUUGCCGCGUAGGAGAAGGGGAAUGGCGACGUGCUACUGAAACUCCAGCAGCGGCGAAUACGCUCGCUCUAGAAGAACUUCCGGCAGGACAAUACAGCUUUCGGUUAAUUUGUGGACGAAGCGGUGCAGCGGGAGCAGCGUCAGGUGCCGCAGCGUGUGGUGGCGGAGGUGGAUGGCAGCGCGAGCAGUUUGCUCGUCGCUACAGCGUCGAAGAGGAAAUUGGUCGCGGGAGAACGGCGCGUGUAUUCGCCGCACGCGACACUGGCACCGGACAACGAGUUGCUUUAAAGCAGGUGUUAGCGGGCCGCGGCGCGGACGCUGUGCGUGAGUACCGCAUACUGUCACAGUGGGCGCACGGUGCGAUAGUGCGCGCGCUCGCGUUAUUCAGUGAGGUGCCGCGCGCGGGCGGACACACGCUCGUAUUGGAGCUAGUGGGCGGCGGCGGGUUACUCGAGUGGGCGGCCGCUACACCCACGCUUUACACGCAACAAACGGUAGCGAGACACGCUAAACAACUGCUGUCAGCACUGCAAUGGUUACAUACGCAUCACGUGGCACAUUUGGAUGUGCGGCCGGAAAACAUCCUAGUGGAACUGGGUGGUGCACAGCCCCAGUUGAAGCUGAUUGACCUGGGCUCGGCGGUGGAGUCGGUGGGCGGAGGUGCGGGGGAGGGGGAGGGCGUGUCCGCUCGUGAGGUCCUCCCGCCGGCGCCUGCCCAGCUAGAGUUCGCGCCGCCCGAAUGCGUACUGGGCCGCCCGCCUGCGCCCGCCUGGGAUGCAUGGGCGGCCGGCGUCUUCUUAUACGUUUUCCUUACCGGGCUGUCACCGUUCUUGGACGAGUCGAUAGAGGAGACUACGGCGAAUAUAAUAAAAUGCGAUUACUGCUUCCCGCCGGAGCACUGGAGCGGGAUAGACGAGCGAGCCCAACACAUGAUACGCGGCCUUCUAGACCCAGCGCCACACUCGAGACUGAUGCCUAGUGCUGCUCUCGCCGACCCAUGGCUUGAUCAAGCGCCCGCGACAACACUCUCAGCGAAUCAGCUUAAAACGUUCCUAGACCGUCGACGUCCGUCCGGGCAUGGUAACGCGUUGCACUCUCUCCGGUCGCCGAACGACACCUGACGGCCGUGUGACGCACGCCCCCAACAGGGACAAACGACGUCUACCGCAGCCGCGCCACGACUGACCUAAUCACGCUUCCAGACUCUUGCCAAGCGUCCACGAGCGCGAGAGUGGGGGAGGGAGCACUGGCCGUUGCCAAACUUGCCAAAAUCUGAGGAGCACUUGUGAUAGAUACCCGCUUAACAUGAUUUAUGUAGCAAUGUAAACGCGUGCAUACUCAAAUAUAUAGAUCAACGACUUGGCGAGAAUCUGGAAGGCUACUGUGACGAUGUGUAGGCAAUUGUUCCUCACUGUGAGCAUUCGGAUGAGUUUAAAAAUAUUUUUGUAACUUGAUUCGCGGCUCUGCUAAUAUCCACGGUCGUAAUAUAUGAUGUUACAUUUACGUUCGAUUAAAGUAAUAUGCUACUUGACUUGUUCAGGUUCUUUACUUUCUUUUAUUAUCUUGAUCAGUCUAUAGCUUCAAUGCUCACGGUAAAGACUAACCUUGGAUAGAAACUCUCAUUCGAAUGUAACCAAUUAAAAUGAUUUUAUGUGUACUAAGGAACAAAGGCGCUAGCCACAUGUAGAUCUUACUAUACAUUCGUGCGUAAACUCAACUUAGGUUUAUGAUUUUUUUUUUCUAUAGCUGUAGUAUACUUGAAAUAUUCUAUAGUCAAUGUGCCCACCUGUCGAGUACGAUAUUUUAGUUUGUGACAUCACUUCGCAGCAAGCAUCGAUGCACCCCAUGGCUUAUAUUCUUCGUCUACUAUUUGAUGGAGAACUCGAAAUAGAGUAUAAUUAUAGUUUAUAAUGAAUUAUGAAGGGCUUCGUUUUAAAAUUUGAGUCACUCAAAUUGAGCUUUUAAAGUCGUUAGCAUACAGUAUUCAAAAUUGUUUAUUAUAAGAUGCGGGAUAACAUGAUUGGAGUAAACACGCGAUGUAAAAAAUUAUGGAGGAUUUAAGUGCGACCGAUUAUAAGGAAAGUGUCUGUGAUUUAUGCUAAAAUAAUAUUUCAUGCUUAUUCCUAAUUUAACGUAUGUACUUGUUAAAUACUAUGAAAUUUGUAUAUAGAAUUAAGUAUUAGUGUGUAUAAUUUGUCGCUGAUUUGUGACAUAUACGAAAAUUUUAACUAUGUAUUCAAGGGAAAAUGAAUCGGUGUACUUGACGUGUCGGUAUAGUGUAACUUUGUUACAGCGGAGUGGCACGGUGACGUGCGCAUACGCGCUGAGAUUAUAUGACCAAACUGUUCCGCCGAAACAGGGCUAUGCUGACUGUCUUUUAAGUUAGUGUUUUCUAACACGUAUUCUAUGACGUUCUCUGUAAUCUCUGUACGCCAGUCAACAUAGCUCACUUUCUCGACUAGAUAUUGGUAAGAUAUAUUUAAUCCACUAGCUUUUAUUCAGCAAAUUUUAUUACUGUUUCUAUUUCAAUUAAUUUUAAGUUUAAAUGUAUUAUGUUAAGCAUCACAAGAAUAAAAAUAGUUACGGUAAUUUUUUUACAUUUUACAUUACAUUUUAAUACACUUGGCU